AUGAGUGCUUAUCAUCUUCGUAAAACCGAAGUCAUUUAUGAACUUAAAAUUAGGAGCUUGCCUACCGAGGGUAAUGCUGGAGAUUUGAGGAAACGGCUGUCUCAAACUUUAGCAACAAACACUCCAAUUGAUGAUGCGAUAGUUAAUGCUCAAGAUACGGAUGCUGAACUAGAGGAGUGUGAAGUGAAGUAUCAAGAUCUUUCAGCUUUAGUUAGUGACUAUGAGGGAAAUCACAACGACAACGAGUACCAUCGUAUUGUGGCCCGUAUUUGGCACUUAUAUCUAAGAGUGCAGAGAAUUCCGGUUAGUGCAACUGCAGAGGGCGAUUUAGGGGAGACUAAAGAUGAUCUUUUGAGUAGAUGCAAGGAAUUAUUGGAUUCAUUCAAGGAUGCCAGAUUAUCUUCAAAUUUUGAACCCAAAGUGAAGCAACCUUCACAAGAUGAGCCUCAUAAUAGGCCAGGAGAACAUCAACACGCUAUUGUUCCAAUCAACGAGACAGACACCUUUGAGCUGCCGAAGAUCGCAUUCAUGAAUGUGGAGGAAGAGCAAAAACCGCUAGAAAAACGGAGAAGUAAAGAAGUUAUGCAUCAACAAGAAGAAAUCAGACUUCAAGAACUACAUUUAAAACAUGAAAGGGCAGUACAAGAAGAGAAGUGGCACCAAGAAGAAAGAAGACUGGAAGAAGAAAAAAGGCGAAUGGAUGAUAGGCUGAAGAAAGAAGAUUCGAAGAUCCAAGAAGAACUUAAUAAACCAGAAAGCCUGGAGAUACAGCGUGACGGAGGUCAGUUUAAAAAUGGAAGAUGUGACAGUAUACGUCCUAGACCUGUGCCUGUAUACAAGUGGAGCCUUAAGUUUGACAACUCAGGUCCUAGCAUAGCAUAUUUUCUGGAGAGAGUGGAGGAAUUGCGCCGAGCACGUGGGAUAACUCAUCAAGAGCUAUACGAAUCCGCCGUCGACCUCUUUGCCGGUCCCGCGCUUGUUUGGUAUCGCGCAGCAGCAACUAGAAUCAGGUCUUGGCACCAACUUACAAAAGAACUUCGUGAAGCUUUUCAAUCAGCUGAUUACAUCUUGAGGCUUCAUCAGGAAAUAUUUAAUAGAGUUCAGGGAGAUAAGGAGCCAUUGGACCUUUACAUAGCCGCCAUGGAGGGACUAUAUAGUAGAUUGGCAGCCUCCGUACCAGAGACCACUCGUUUAGCUCAAAUUUACAACAACCUGCAUCCUCAGCUGCAAGAUAGAUUGGCCUUAAGCAAUAUUUUAUUCCUCGAACAGCUUAUAUCUAUGGGUCGUCGUGCCGAAGCCGGUCGACUGAGUAUGAUUAGACCGAGACCUGCACCUGGGAAUGAAACGGCACUUAAACCUGAUCUCGCUUAUCAUGAUUCAAAUUGCCGAAGGGGAUUCCCACAAGGGGCUAAAGACUCACUAAACUAUUUUGGCUCCCUAAAGGAUAAAGACUCGCCCAUCAUCAACUAUGUUUUGCAGACUUAUCAAAAGGAUCCUAGACCUUAUCUUAAAGUCAGAGUUUUAGGUAGAGAAAUUACAGCACUUCUCGAUUCAGGGGCAUCGAGAACAUUUCUGGGAGGAAAAGGAUUAUGGAUUUUAAGAGAAUUCCCAACUAAGCUACAGGACACCCUUGGAACUUAUGUUGAGACGGCCGACUCCAAUAGGCACGAGAUUAAAGGAUUUAUUAGCUUGCCCAUAACUUUACAAGGAAGGACCGAAGAAUUAUCAGUUUGUGUUGUACCCUCAUUACAACAAUCUCUCAUAUUAGGUAUAGACUUUUGGGAGCACAUGCACAUCGUAACGGACAUGCGUAACCGUAAAUGGGAUUUUGUUCCUAAAAAUACCCAGAUAUUUUGCAGUUCCAUUGGAGGAAUUACGUCGGGAGAUAACCUAGCACCGGAAGAGAGAGGUAAACUUCAAGAACUUAUUGAAGGACAUUUUAAGGAUGAGCCUGCAUCUUUAGGAAGAACAGACAGAGUCAAACAUGUGAUAGACACAGGCGACGCUCAACACAUCAAACAGCGUUAUUAUUCAGUCUCUCCUGCCCGCCAAAAACUCAUUAAUGAAAAGCUUGACCGUAUGCUGCACUUGGGUGUUGUUGAACCCUCACAGAGUGCAUGGUCCUCCCCGAUUAUGCUGCUUGACAAACCGGAUGGUAGCAAGAGAUUUCUGGUUGACUUCAGAGCGGUUAACGCUGUUAGUCGUAAGGAUGCUUACCCCUUACAUCAAGUGACAACAAUCCUUGAUCGCCUUAGAGACGCCAAAUACCUAUCAAGUCUAGACAUUAAGAGCGCAUAUUGGCAAAUUGAGUUAGAAGAAAGCAGUAAGGAGAAGACGGCGUUCACUAUUCCCGGAAGGAGACUCUACCAGUUUGUGACAAUGCCAUUUGGUUUAUGCGGAGCUCCGGCAACUUGGCAGCGCCUUGUGGACACCGAGAAGUCCAAGUUCUGCCGUUCUGAACUAAGGUAUCUAGGUUACGUUGUCAGUGUUGAUGGUUUAAGGGUGGACCCUGACAAAAUCAAGGCAAUUUUUGACAUACCAGUUCCUCGAAACCAAAAAGAGGUCAGGCAAUUCAGCGGAAUAGCGUCAUGGUACAGGCGUUUCAUCCCUAAUUUUGCGUCUCGAAUGCAUCCGCUGAGAUCCCUUCUUAGUAGGCGUUCAAAAUUUGAGUGGAACCAGGAGGCUGAGCAAGCAUUUCAAGAUAUCAAAUCCUGCUUAAUUACGGCCCCUAUUUUGUCUUGUCCAGAUUACACCAAGGCAUUUACUAUCUCAUGUGAUGCUUCGGGAGUGGGAAUAGCUGCGGUUCUGAGUCAGGAGUAUGAGCAGGGUGCAGGAGUGGUAGCAUAUGCUAGUCGAACCCUAACUCAACAAGAACAAAAAUACUCUGCUACCGAGCGGGAGUGCUUGGCUGUCAUCUGGGCGGUGGAAACAUUUAGGCCUUAUGUAGAAGGUGUGAGAUUUACCGUGGUUAAGGACCACUACAGCCUCCUCUGGCUAAACAGGCUAAAAGAUCCCACCGGUCGACUGGCUCGUUGGGCCCUCCGUUUACAACCGUACGAUUACCACUUGGUUCAUAGGAAAGGACAGGAUAAUGUGGUACCAGAUCUUUUAUCUCGUACAACUCCUCUUGAACUUCCCUCGGAGAACGCACUUCAGUGUGAGGCAGUGGAAAUUCCCCUUGAUGUCAAAGAUAAGUGGUACAAGGGCAUGUUACAGAAAGUCGAACAGAAUUCUAAGCUCUACAGCCAAUGGAGAGUUGAAACCGGUAAACCCUAUAAGAAUGUGACAACCUUAGAACCUUUAUUGCAGGGCGAUAGUUGGAGAAUAGUAGUUCCUAAGGAUCUACGGAGGCAAGUUUUAGCGGAGUGUCAUGAUGAGCCAACAGCGGGACAUCAAGGUGUCCUCAAGACAUACAAUCGUAUACAACAGUUAUACUACUGGCCGAAGAUGCGGAAGGACGUCGCCACCUAUGUAUCCCGGUGCAGUGUUUGUCAGAGAGUGAAGUAUGAUCAGAAUCUGCCAUCCGGAAACAUGGGAUGUCGUCGUGGUAUUAAAGCUCCUUGGCAAAUGAUUGCGGCUGACUUGAUGGGACCUUUGCCAAGAUCCAUGAAAGGGUUCAAGUAUUUAUUGGUGGUUACGGAUACCUUCACGAAUUACUCUGUUCUUCAACCUCUUCGAGCAGCUACGGCCGAAAUAGUGGCCCAACAUCUUGAAAACGACAUAUUUAUGGUGUAUGGAUGGAGUACCGGCCUACAUAAUUUGUGA